UAGGUUGAGACGUUCGUGGCGGUCUGUCCAAUCAGAAAGUGGAAGUCCGUCGCUACGUCCUCAUACGAAACUGGGUGUAAGAAGUUGUGGUGUAGUUAGACACAAAACAAAGUUUAAACAAGUUUCUUUUUAUUCUUAAACCAGUUAUUUCAAGUCUUUGGACACUAACAUGAUGAUUCCAGGCGGUUGGACAUGACGGGAGCGACACGGUAUGGAUAAAUUAACCUACAUUGUUCCUAUAUCCUCCACCACGGGUGUGCGAUCCUGUUGUACGCCUGACUGACAACAACUGGCUACCGCUACUACUCCGUGAAAUAUUACCGGCAUGCCACGCAAGCAGCAAACUUCCUGGAGGACAGAAAAAGUUUUCCAGCAGCCCAGAAGCCCUUUUAACGUGAGACUACACACAUAGGUCUAGUUGUUAACGAUGAAGCUUAGAAGAUAUUUAAGGGGGAGUGGGAGGGUGCUGGCAUUUGUGUUCGUUGCUUCUGUUAUUUGGCUUCUGUUUGACAUGGCUGCUCUCAAAAUAUCAAUAAACGAUGUGAACAGCCAGCUGCUGAAAGAGCGAGUGAUCAAAGAAAGAGAGGCUAUGAAACAGCAGUCCAGGGUGACACAGCUGAUGAAAAUGGGAUUUAAACACCCGGUGCAGAAGGUGGACUUUGCUGUCACACGUGAUGAGAAAAGAUUCAGCUCGAGCGUCAAAAUAAGCCAAGUGUACAGACACGGAGGCAGGGAUCAGGAUCAAAUGUUGGACAAAAAGUUUAACUUAAAUCAGGGAAAAGGAGAUAAUGUACCUAAAAGUUAUAGCUCUAAAUCUGUGGUUUCUGAACAUGAAGAUGCAGCUGCCCUUCCUAAAAAUAUCUCACCCAAGCAGAAUGCUUCCAUAAAAAAAGUAGCAGUAAACUUGGAUCUAAAUGUAGCAGUGGCGAAUAUAAGCCAAGCUCCACCAGGUGUUCAGACAAUCAAACCAACCUUAAAGAAGGGACUCGUUGAAACAAUGCACAUUGCACAAAAUGUUCUGGACAACGUGGAUUCAAAGACAAAUGGAAAAGUUAAGGAUGAACUUGCUAAUAAUGGAACAAAAAUGAGCCAGCUUCAGGACAAGGAUGCACAUCCUGAUAAAACAAUAUCUCAACAAACUCCCAACAAGAAUGUAAAGAGAAAGGAGGAGAAGCUGGUCAAGACGCCUGCAAAGAGUGAUCUUAAUGAGCAGAAGGAACCUCUGAAGCCUACAAUCACCCUCCAAGCAAGAGACAACUUGAGGGGUAACUCCACUGUAGUAAGAAAGCCAGGUGUCCACAAAGUGCUUUCUCUGGAUGUGACCCACACACCUAGAGAUGCUGAUGCGGUGGGCCAGUUUGGUCAGGCAGUUUUUUUUGCCAGUAAUGAAGAUGUAGAGGUGAGAAAAAGAUGGAACGAAGGCCACUUUAAUGUCUACCUCAGUGACCAGAUUCCAGUGGACCGUGCCAUACCCGACACCAGGCCCGAAACGUGUGCACAGAAUCUGGUCCACGAUGACCUGCCCUCCACCAGUGUGAUAUUCUGUUUUGUUGAUGAGGUGUGGUCCACACUCCUCCGCUCUGUGCACAGCGUGCUCAAUAGAUCUCCACCACACCUCCUCAAAGAGAUUAUUCUGGUGGAUGAUUUUAGUACCAAAGAUUAUCUGAAGGAGCAGCUGGAUGUGUAUAUGUCCCAGUUUCCUAAAGUGAGAAUCAUUCGUCUUAAAGAGCGUCAGGGCCUGAUCCGGGCCCGGCUGGCUGGAGCCGCUGUUGCCAAAGGUGAAGUCCUUACCUUCCUUGACUCCCAUAUUGAGUGUAAUGUGGGCUGGCUGGAGCCGCUCUUAGAGAGGAUCUAUAUGGAUCGCAAGAAGGUGCCCUGUCCAGUUAUUGAAGUCAUAAAUGAUAAGGAUAUGAGUUAUAUGCUUGUUGACAACUUUCAAAGAGGUAUUUUCAAAUGGCCUUUGGUAUUUGGUUGGAGCGCUUUACCAGAGGAGUACAUCAACAAGAACAACAUGACCAUUUCAGAUCCAAUCAGAUGUCCAGUGAUGGCUGGUGGCCUUUUCUCUAUUGACAAGAAAUACUUCUUUGAGCUGGGUACCUAUGAUCCUGGUCUUGAUGUGUGGGGAGGAGAGAACAUGGAGAUUUCAUUUAAGAUCUGGAUGUGUGGAGGAGAAAUCGAGAUUAUCCCCUGCUCCCGGGUGGGACACAUUUUCCGAGGACAGAAUCCGUAUAAAUUCCCAAAGGACAGGCAGAAGACGGUGGAGCGUAACCUGGCAAGGGUGGCUGAAGUUUGGCUGGAUGAGUACAAAGACCUUUUCUAUGGCCAUGGGUACCAUCACCUGCUGGAUAAAAAGGUCAUCGACAUUGGCAACCUGACAGAGCAGAUUGAGCUGAGGAAGAGUCUCAAAUGCAAGAGUUUCAAGUGGUACCUUGAGAACGUGUACCCUGACAUGAAUGCUCCGUUAGUCAAAGCUGAGGGCCUGGUCUUUAAUCGUGGCUUAAGAAAAUGCCUCGCCCUUCAGAAAGACUCUUUGUCCUUUGAGACAUGUGAUCUAAGCAAGCAGAGUCAGCACUUUAAUUACACUUGGAUGAGACACAUUCAGCAGCAGGGCCUGUGUGUUGCUCCCCAAGACAGUAGAUUAGCUUUACUCUUAUGUGACAGCACCAAACCUGAACUCCGCUGGUUACACAAGUCCUCCAACUCAGCUCUAGCGGAGCACCUCCUGGCAGAGUUUGCUUCCCUCCAUAUGUGCCUGGAAGGUGACCCUCAGGGUGACUCACUUCGCCUCAGCCCUUGUGAACACAGCAAUAUCUUCCAAAAAUGGCAGUUCACACAUUACAACGCUUAAUAAUGAGAAGAAACUCUUUUAAAACAUGCACUCUAAAAGAUAUUUCUGGUGACCUUGCACUUCAUCGCGGUCUGUGGUCCAGUCUCAAAAUACGACUGGGAGGAGGAAGAUGAAAGCGGUUUGGUGGCUUUUGGUGGCAGUAAUAUUAAUCUGACGGCGUGGGAUUGUGUUGCAGAGAAAACACAAUAUUUUAUUAUGAUUUUGUUUUUUGUAGGAUUCAGAUGAAUUUAUAUAGCAGAACUCCUCUGGUCUAAACAGUGCCUCACAGGUUUUUUUUCUACUGGGACUGAAUAAACUGAUUUCCUGUACACAGGACAUUGUGCUGCUUCGCUGGGUUUAAAUGUUGAUGUGAAAACUGUCUCUGUGUAUAACUUUCUUUUAUGACACUAGAGGGAAGUGUUGGUUCAAAACACUCGAUAAACCUGUGGUCUGAUGUCAUGAUUUUACUACAUUUUAUCAUUUUCAUGUCAAAAUUGAUGGGAACGCAUCUUAAUAAAGUGGGAAAGAAUAAAUUGAUGAAGAUAAAAUUAGA